GAGGCGGAGCGGCAGCGGGAAGCUGGAGGAGAGGAGGAAGCGCUCGGCUCCAGCGCUCCCUGAACUCGCAGCCCCCCGGGACCAUCGCCCCCCGUCCCGCAGGAUUUCCCAUUCCUAAACCUUGGCCAGAUGGAGGAGAAGGCUGUGAGGAAGAGGAAGAUGCCCUGGAACACCCAGGCAGGCAAGGAGCUGAGGAUGGAGCCCAGGGAGGACAAAUCCCCGCGGCAGAACCUCAUGGAAGAGGCCGUUUUGAGUAGCUCCACAGCGCAGGAAUCCAAUGGGGAGGAAAAGCCCCGGAGAUGCCACAGGAGGAGGGGCUGCAAACGCAGCCCAGGGAGCUGUGAGGAGGAAAGACCCACCCUGUGCCAGGAAGGCCGCAGGAGAUCCAGCCAGAGCUUGGACCUGGUGGUCCAUGAGCAGCUUCACACUGGGGAGAAGCCGCACAAGUGUGAGGAAUGUGGGAAGAGCUUCAGCUGGAGAUUCCACCUGAUCUGCCACCAGAUGAUCCACACUGGGGAACAGCCCUAUGAGUGUGGGGAAUGUGGGAAGAGCUUCAGCACGAGCACCCUCCUGAUCCAUCACCAGAUGAUCCACACUGGGGAGAGGCCCUACGAGUGUGGGGAAUGUGGGAAGAGCUUCAGAGACAGCUCACACCUGAUCUGCCACCAGAUGAUCCACACUGGAGAGAAGCCUUACGAGUGUGGGGAAUGUGGGAAAAGCUUCAGACAGAGCUCCCACCUGAUCCGUCACCAGAGGAUUCACACUGGGGAAUGGCCCUACAAGUGUGGGGAAUGUGGGAAGGGCUUCAGCCAGAGCUCCAGCCUGGUCCACCACCAGAUGAUCCACACUGGGGAACGGCCCUACAAGUGUGGAGAAUGUGGGAGGAGCUUCAGGGAGAGCUCCAGCCUGAUCAUUCACCAGAGGACCCACACUGGGGAGAGGCCCUACAAGUGCCUGGAAUGUGGAAAGAGCUUCAGACACAGAUCUCACCUGAUUGUCCACCAGAGGCUCCACACUGGGGAGAGGCCCUACAAGUGUGGGGAAUGUGGGAAGAGCUUCAGAGAGAGCUCUGAGCUGAUCAUCCACCAGAGGAGCCACACUGGGGAGAGGCCCUACAAGUGCCCUGAGUGUGAGAAGAGGUUUCAGACCAGCUCCCAUCUCCUCCUGCACCAGCGGACGCACACGGAUGAGAGGCCCUUCCGCUGCCCUGACUGCGGGAAGAGCUUCAAGCACAACUCCACCCUCAUCAGCCACAGGCGUAUCCACACUGGGGAGAGGCCCUAUGAGUGUUCUGAGUGUGGGAAGAGGUUUCAGACCAGCUCCAGUCUGCUCUUGCACCAGCGGAUUCACACUGAGGAGAGGCCCUUCCGCUGCCCCGACUGUGGGAAGGGCUUCAGGUACAACUCCCACCUCAUCAGGCACCAGCGCAUCCACACUGGGGAGAGGCCCUAUGAGUGUCCUGAGUGUGGCAAGAGCUUCUCACACAGCUCUAAUUUGGCCAGACAUCAACAGAGGCACCGAAUAAACCUCGCUGGAAUCUACACAAAAGGUCCCUCUCGCCUCUUUAUCUCUGGCAACGCGACUUGAUAUCCAUCAGGGUUCAUUUUGGUGCGAGGCUUCUGUGAGCAGAGCCUGGUGCUGUCGUGCUGAAGCUGAGUAUCUGGGAUACUAGUGGAAGCAGCCCCAACCAGGACGCUCUCCAGGAAGGAUGCGGUGGCCCCCCACACCAACGGGCCAGAGCGCGUCAUAGUGGUGCCCGAACAGGGACCUCUCCCCAAGGUUCCUGUGGAGCAUCCUUGGCGGUCGAAAAAUCACUGAGUGUUCGCCUCAGGUCAUCUGCUUGCCUGAGUAGGCACUUCAGUUUUAUUAAGCGUCCUCCGAGGGAUGGCCAGCAACCCUCUGAGUUAAAGAGGAUCGGCUAGGCCAGAGGACUACAGUGAAAAGCCUUUUUUCCUGCCGAUGCUUUGAGACUGGUUAGUAGCGCUCGGCAGGGCUGUUUGGUUCAUUUGUCCCUUUCCUUUUGGUGGUGGGUGAGGUAGUUUUGGGGAGAUGGGAGCGAGUCUAUCCCAGCCCCAACAGGAGAUAUUCAUCCAAGCUGAGGGUUCCCUAAAAGCAGGCAAAUAUAAGUUUUCUAAGGGGCGUCUUAAA